AUGAAUUUACAAACCUUAUUCCAGGAUUUCAAUCCAAGCAAAUUCGUCGUGCAUACCUGCUUGUUGAUAUUUACGGCGCUAUUGGCUUUAAAAUUGGACAACACUAUUUCUUGGUCUUACUGGGCUGUAUUUUCACCCAUAUGGAUAUGGAAAUUUCUGGUCGUUUUGGGUGCUACAGUGGGAACCUAUGUUUGGUGGCAGUAUCCUCACUUCAGAUUAGAAGGUGAAGCUUACAUUCAUUACAAAGCUAUGUUAAUAAGCCUAGCAAUACAUUUGAUAUUGCUAAUGUUCGAGCUACUUGUAUGUGACCAGUUGACAACAUAUCGCCAUGUUUGGAUCCUUGUUUUCAUACCAUUAAUUUUUAUAAGCAUAGUGUCCAUUGCUAUCUGUAUAUGGUGUGUGAAACAUGACAGGAGUUAUGAGUUGGAACUAUUUUGUGCUGUUAAUAUCCUACAAUUUAUUUUCUUGGCGCUAAAGUUAGACGAUUUUAUAAACUGGUCUUGGGAAGUUGUGUUUGUACCAUUAUGGAUUCUUAUGUGUCUCAGUUUAGUAGGUGUGUUAUACAGUAUAAUGUUUGCUGGAAUACUAUUGCGUUCGCCAGAAGCCAACAUACAACAACGCCGGACCAGUUUUAAUUCAGCCAUGGCCUAUACGUUUACUGUUGUGCCUAUUUUGGUCUUUUUGGUAUUACUUACAAACAAAUUAGACGACAGCCUAUCAUUUACUUAUAUUGUAGUGGUCAGUCCCCUAUUUGUCACCUACGCUACUCUUAUAAUUAUGUCAUUCAGCUCUAAAGGAGGGAAUAAGUGGUGGUUCGGCAUACGAAAAGACUUCUGCCAAUUCCUCCUCUCAGUGUUUCCGUUAUUACAAGAGUACGCAAACAUUGCUUAUAACAAUAAUGUGAACCGUGGCUCUAAUGUCGUGCCCAGCGAGCCACCGAUCAACCAAGAACCCUACAGGGACGACGAGAAGAAAGUCAGCCACAAAAAGCAGAAGAACCAAAAGAAAAACGAAGCUCUGAAACCCGUGGUGCCAGUAACGAGCAUAGAUAUGCCGGAUUGA